GUCACUGACGGUUACCCCUUCCUUGAAAGAACCAUGGGAAACUCAGUGCCGUCCAAAUUAGUGGCAGAUGUGGUUCCCGUGAACUCGGAGACGACCUUCUUCCCAGGCGCUCAUAACGCGUACAACGCCAAGUUCUGCCUUUGUACCUCCGGUGGUGGUGCGCGUGCCAUGACGCACACCAUGGGGGUGUACCGAGCCUUGCACGAGAUGGGCAUUUUGGAGGAGGCUCGGUGUCGGGUGGCACUUGGGCCUCGUCCAUCUACAUGUUCGGCAAAGACUUCGAGGGCAAAGCCAUCGACACUAGCACGAUGCUGGGGCCACGCAGCAACCCGCAGCAGCUGACGAUGGAAGUGUUGAGACAGGAAGCCCCGCCCUUGGCCAGGGGCUUGACGAGGGGCAACUCCAGCGAGCUAUUGAAGAAGCACACGGGCACCAGGCGAGACAACGAGGUUUGGGCGCGCGUUGUGGCGGAUAUGCUCUUGGAACCCUUCGGCUUAGCGAGUUUCGAUUGCUCUGUGGCGAAGAGCGAGGAGGAUGUCGAACGCAUCAAGGAGGAAAAUCCGCAGAUCAAGAAUUGGAGCUUCAAGACGCCUCGCACGGAUCGACCCAAAUUCUUCGUGAUGAAUGGAGCAUUGUUGGCGCCAAAGAACCAUUCGAUCAAUGAGGACAACUUGGUCUCCUUCCAGAUGUCGCCAGACUACACUGGCAGCCCCUUUUAUCCCCAGGACAAGAUUUUGCAGUUCGCGCCGGACGUGACGUAUCCCCCGGCGCCGUUGUGUUGCAUCUACCCCUGUUGGAGAAGCGCUAUGACGCUGAGCGUCGGGGGUGGCUUCAUCGAAUCCUUCGCCUUUGGACGAAAAGCUGGUGAGGAACACUGGCUUGGGUUGACACCCAGCGCUGUUGUAGAGGUGAGCCUCUAUGACGAUGCGGGGCGACAGCAGGGCCGAGGUGUUGUGAAAUUGCAGCACCGCGCCAUAGAGGAUGAGGCUGGCAAAGGUCAAACCUGGCGAGGAUUCUUUCUGGCCAUUGAAGACGGAUAUUACGAGUGGUGGGUACAAAAUCAUUACCCCACGAAGGUGCUGCCAUUCCACUUCUGUCAGGUGGCGGCCCAUCGGUGUGGGGAGCAAACGCUGUACCGGGACCCCAUCCACGUUGACGUCUUCAGAGUCUUGCCGGAUGAUACAUACGUGAGGCUGCCGUGGAUGACCGAUGAAAAGAAUGAGAAGGCCAAAAGCUUGUUGGCACUCCACGCCACGCAGGCGCCUGCGGUCCCAGCCCUCGCCUCUCCAGCUGUGGGGGGUGGGGAUGGUGGCCGUGGGAGCCGAGCUGAUGGUGAAGUGGAGGUGGGUGAAGCUGGCAUUGCAGGGCUGGCUCGAGCACUUGGAACUGCAGGAGAUCGUGGCGACAAGAGAGAGAGGCAGAUCGACGAUGAUAAGGAGGAAAAGAAGAAAAGGAAGGAGAAGAAGGCACCAGUGGAUGCCCGAGAGGAAGGCCUUCGAGCCGUUCUGAAUAAGCGGAAGGCACCGCUACCUACCGGGGGUGCGCUCAAGCUGAAAGGAGACGACCUGAAGAAGAAGAAGAAAAAGAAGCGGAAAAGAGAUUCAGAGAAAAAGCGGAAGUCCAAAAAGGAGGAAGCUAGCAAGGGGUCCUCCGAGGAAAGUGACUCAGGGGACGACGAGACCUCCUCAUCGAGUUCAGGGUCGCUUUUUCAGUUGGCCGCCCUGCCACAGGGAGUAGACCGAUUGCACCGGUUGCAUCAGGAGAAGCCAGGGGCUCUGGCGGACCUAACGCUCCGGCGCUUUCAGGAGCUCCUGAACCGCUCAAUAGGCGGGGGAACGGCCGAGACAGAGCAGGAGAUGCCGCCGGUAGCGCGCGCAUACCUCAGCCAGAUCUACAUGGUGCGCCAUCCAGAAGCAGCGAUUGGCCUGCGGAAUCUGAGAGAGCUGCGUACGUUGGCGACGCUGGUGGAUCUCAUGGCCAUGAACGGCCAAUGGAGUCAAGCAAACUUGCUGGAGCUCAUUGUGCCGGAGGAGGAGCAACGAGCCUGGUUCCGACAGGAGUUGAAGGCAGCCCAGCAAGAGCACAAGAGCGACCUGAGGCUGCAGAGGGACCAAUGGCCGAAAAGGAGGGCCGCCUGGUAUCCCUCCCCCGAAUACCCAGCGAUGGAAAGGGCCCUAAAUGAAUGUGAAGUGUCUGAAGAAACACGAGAGAAGGUCAGAAGCCUCAUGCAGGAUCCGGAGGUGGUGGCGCUCUAUCGACUCAGGAGGUUUGCGUUGGGCAAGAGCCCAAACUGGAAGAUGAUAGAGCAGGAUUUCUUUGAGAUGAUUGCCAAUGUCGCUGGAGACCCACCUGCACUGGUAAAGAAGCAGUUGCGGCUCAGCUGUCAAUUCCUAGGAGAGGAAUUGAUACCAUCCGCAUCGGAAGUGGCCUGCCGGCUCUUGGGGGUCGACCAAUCUCAGGCCGGGGUUGAUCCUCGGUCUGGGGAAGGUCGGCUCCUAAAGUUGGUGAAUGGCAUUGAAGUGCGAGCUGCUGACAUUGAGUGGAAGAGAGAGGACCUGAGAGCUGCCGACUGGUUGAUUCAGGAAUUUGGGCUGAUUCCAAAAGAGCACGUGACGCCGGUCUCAUGGAGGCAGAUGAUGCGGCGAGGGCUGGGGCUCAGCUUGUCGGUGAGUCUUGUGGGGGUGGUCUUAAAAGUCGGCAUUCAAGACCGCCCUGGAGAGUUGGGCAACUUAGCGCGUGCCCUUCCUUGCUGCGCUCUGGAGAACUUUCACCGACUGGCAAAGGAGCUACUCCCAUUGCCAAUGCCCAUCAUGACCGACGAAGAACUGGCUUUUGAGGCAGCGGUGAAUGAGGCAGCGGUGAAGGAGGUCCUCUGUGGCCGCUUGGAUGUGACCAGUGAGAGUUGGAGGAAGCUGAACAGUGAGGCAAAGGAAAUCGGUGUGAAGGCAUGGACCUGGCUGCAGUGCUUCGUGAUCAACCACCUAUACUGCCACGGAGCAGGUGGUCGCAUGCUGUCUGAGUGCAUGCUUCACGCGAAGGAACCUACUGCGAGCCAGGAAAGAUCCAUCAAGCGACUUGACAGCUUAAGCAAGAAAUGGAUUGAAGAAGAUAAGGAGGAUGCGAUCAGGGCAGACACCUGGGAGAAGUCGUCUGAGACAUUGGGGGACAUGUACACAGGACCCAACGUAGGGAAAUCCUAUCCUCUGACAUUGGAGGCAAUACUCCCCACAACACCAGGUGCGAGUGAAGCGGCGAGGAUCCCAUUGUCAGAAGUGGUGAGCGACUCGGUCAAGGAAUAUGUGGAUGACCCUUCGCUGCUGCGUAUCCCGGACGAGGAGCUCAUUGGGCCACGCACCUCAGCGUUGGUGCAAGUCACCAGCCAGGAGGAGUGGGACAAGAUCGUGAGCCACCUGGUAGAUGCAGGCAUGCUUGAGAGGGAAGUUGAGGCAGAGACCCUCAAGUAUCGAGGGGAGCCAGUUCGUAAUGGGGCGUUUGGCGUCCACAAGAGUUGGGUGCUGAAGGAGGAUGGAGAAUGGCUCCGCACGUUGAGAUUGAUCAUCAACAUGAUCCCCGGCAACUCGUUCCAGAGACGCAUGCCAGUGAGAGCUUCGGAGAAGAUGGGUUAUGCCCCGCUGUGGGGGAACCUCUACUUGCAUGAGGACGAAAUCAUCAUAUGUGCCGCUGAGGACCAGAAACACUGCUUUCAUAUCUACCGGCCAGGAUAUGCAUGGCGAGCCUUCUUCAGUUUGAGUAGGAUGGCUUCAGGACAGGCCUUCAAAGAUGGAAAGGUGGAGAAAGGUUACCCUCGAGUGAAGAGUGCACCCAUGGGGUGGAACAAUGUGGUGGACUUUAUCCAGGACGGCUUUGAGAACAUGGCCAAGAUGGCAGGUUUGGCGCCUAAUCAAGUUAUUCGAAUGGGCGAGCCGAGCCCGUUGGAACCUUUGGCAACUCCCAGAUCAUUCUUUUCGUUCUAUGUGGACAACUUUGACCAGCUGAAGAUCAUCUGGAGGACCGACCGGGGGCUGUACGAAGGCCAGCCGACCGAUGAACAACUCCAAUUGCGAGAGACCAUGGAGGAAUUGACUGUAGGGAGAGACCCCAAGAAAGCAGCUGAGGGAUCAAUCAGCUGGACCAGUUUGGGAGCCGAAGUGGCUGGAGAGGAAGGAUGGAUUGGCAGCUCGCGGAGCUUCCGCCGGGCACUUCUGAGUGCUAACCUUGGGCUGUUGGUGGGGGAUGAGGUCCGUACUGAUUCCCCCAAUCUGCAGUCUGUGGUUUCAAAGAACAUGCACUCGGUGCAAUACAACCGGCAGCUGGCAGUGUUGUUUGACAGGCUGUACGUGGAAAUGAAUGCCAGCAGGCCACGACUCUUGAGUGAGAAAGGUCGCGACGAGCUCUUGCUGCUAUGCUGCUCACUGCCCAUGCACUGGCUUGACGUCAAGAUGAAAGUGUCAGGCCAAGUGUAUGCGACAGACACGAGUCCAGAAGGCGGAGGAGCCUGCUGCACUACUGGCCUGAGCCCCUGGGGAAGUGCAAGACUUCACAGCCUCAGUCAUGAGCGUGAUGGACUGGAGGGAGCCGCUACUGAGAAUGCCCUAGUGAUCGAAUGCUUUGCGGGCAUGGGAGGCCUGAAGCAAGCACUGGAUUUGAUUGGGUUUGAGCCCGCUGGGGUGGUGGCAAUUGAUACCUCGGCUGAGUGCUGUAAGGUAUACAAGCAGCACUGCCGCCACGUCAUCUGGGUUCAGAAGAUUGAGUCCGUGACGGAGGAGCAGGUCUUGGAAUGGAGAAGGCGAUUUCCGCGCGCCACAAAGGUGGUCAUUGGAGGAGGAUGGCCAUGCAUCAACCACUCGGUGCUGAACCCUAGACGACAGGGAGCAGAAGGAGCUUCGAGCAAGCUGCUGGACGACAUGUUGGCAAUCAGAGGAUGGUUGGGAUCGUGCUCAGAGAAGUUGCACCUUCCCCCAUGGAAAGUAGUGGAGAUUUUCGAAAAUGUGGUCAUGGAUGAUGCAGAUUACGAAGCCCAAAGCAAGAAGAUUGGGUACACGCCCUACUUUGUUGAGGCUGCUGAGAUUGGGCGUUGCCGAAGACCCAGGCUCUACUGGAUUUCAGGGGUGGACCUUGUGGCUGGAGAUGAUCUGUCUGUCGCCGCGCGGCGAACUCUGAGAGGUCACAACUACCAGGUGAAGCAAAUCAAGGUGGACACGGAACGUCCCCCGCUCACAUGGUUCCUGAAUGAAGGGACCACCAAGAUGGCCGAACCUGAAGAGCCGUUUGCAACGUUCACCCGGCCAAUCGCUCGACAGAGCCCUCCAGAAGAUCCUGCCGGGUUUGACCAGGCCACAGAGAAGGCCUUGAAGCGGUGGCGCGGAGACAGUUACAGGCUCCAGCCCUAUCAAUAUGAGCCUCGUAACCUGGUAACCGACAAGAAUGGGCCCAGAAGGCCUGCAGUCGAAGAGCAGCUCCGGAUGAUGGGUUUCCAAUCCACACACCUCAAUACCAAAACCAAGCUCAGUGCAGACCCGAGAGGUCAAAUGGUUGGGAAUUCCUUUUCAGCGAUGGUGGUGGCUCGGCUCUUGGUGGGCCUGGUGUUGAAGCCGGAGCAAUGUGUUGGAAAGGAUGUCAGCCUGAUGCUCUGGGAAGUCUGGAAAGCCAAGGAAGACAAAGCUGGUCAAGAAGGAAAACCUUGGAAAGUGAGGUUUGCAAGUGUGGCUGCGGGGGUUCCUGGGGUGGUGAGCCUGCUCGAGCGGGUCUUGCCAUCACCAGUCGCGCCCCUGCGGUCAUUCAUUGACCCUCAACAGUGGCUGACAGACGAAGAGAUGCUGAGCUACUUGUUAGCUCGCAAUGGGACACACCGUGGUGCUGAGAUCCGGAUUGACUUGGGGAUGCCUUACUCCGUUGGUGAACUGUGCCGGCAGAGCAUUGAUCCCAGUCACUGGAUUUGGAAAGUCUUGAUGUCCUACUCAUGGAGAGAGCCAGGACAACACAUCAACAUCUUGGAGUUGGUGGCGGUCCUUGAUCUUCUCCGCCGGCAAGGACGCGAUCCAAAGCAUCAUGACCAACGCUUGAUCACACUUGUGGACAACCAAGUUGCAAUGAGCUGCCUCUCGAAGGGACGCAGCUCCGCUCGAGCCCUCCAAGGUCCCCUACGCCGCAUCAGUGCCGUAUGCCUAGCCGCACACUUUCGACUCUGCCUCGGAUGGAUCAAGAGCAAGUGGAACCCAGCUGAUGGGCCCAGUAGAUGGGCCAAGCGUCGUCGCAAUGCCUAG